CCUCUGCUUGGCUGCCUCUCCUCCUCCUCCUCCUCCUCCUUUAAUCCUCUUUUGAUGAACUCUGUUAAAUGACCUCCUGCUGUUUUGUUCAUUAGCAGCACACGACCCUGUCCACGCCCCCGCGGCGCGCACUGCGCGUGCUCGCGGCCCAUAAAUGUGGUGAAACAGCAGAAAAGUUCCAGAGAAACUUUGGUUGAUGAAGAAGAAGAAGAACAAGAUGCCGCCGCGGAAAAGUCUCUUCUUCUCCGUGUCCCCUGAGGACAGAGUCCACGGACACGCGGCUCUGCACGCGGACUUCCACGCUCUACUGCAGCGGGGACCCGGGCUGGAGCGCGCGCGCACCACGGGCGGCUGCGACCGCAGAGACGCUCCGUGCGCCAUCGUGGAGCUCCGGCUCGGUUCUGCCGCCAGAGACAUCAGCAGCAGCAGAGACAGCAGAGACAUCAGCAGCAGCAGCAGCAGCAGCAGAGACCUCCUGCAGCCGGACAGGGGCGCUGUGGAGCGGGCGCAGCGGCGGCGGCGCCUGGCCGCUAACGCCCGGGAGAGGCGGCGGAUGCUCGGACUGAACGUGGCCUUUGACCGCCUGCGCAGCGUCAUCCCGAACCUGGAGAGCGACAAGAAACUGUCCAAGUCUGAGACUCUGCAGAUGGCGCAGAUCUACAUCAACACACUGAGUGAACUGCUGCACGAGGCCGCUGCGCCCGAGACACCGGAGACACCCGGGACCAACACAGCGGAGGGGACAGACAGCAGAGACAAACUACAGCUCUGAUGAUGAAGACAUUAAAGACACCGUCAGUGAUUUUCUUCAUGUUUAUAAAAACAUUUUUGUUCAA